CUCAGACAUCCGCAAGCUUUCUUGAAUUCGAGAAUCACAUAAGGCUGCGUCAAAGUCGGAAAGUUGAGACUAAUGUGAGCUAUUGCGACACCAAUUACUGAGAACCAGAUCUCUCAAUUCUAUUGCGGCAACAUACUUCAGUAAUACAAAAAAAUGCCGUCCUCUACCAAAGUAGACUUGAUCGUAGGGAUCGACUUUGGUAUGACUUGCUCAGGAGUCGCCUAUGCUCGACCAAAAAUGAAAAGUCCAAAGCUUAUUCAAGAGUGGCCUGGUACCGCAAGACCAGGUGAACUGAACAAUAAAGUUCCAUCGUUACUGCUCUAUGGGCGCGACAAUUCGGUAAAAUCUUGGGGCUUCGGUUGUCAAACGAGUCAAAAGAAAAAGGAGUGGUUCAAGCGCUACUUGGACGAAAGAGUGUUCAUUGAAGGACUAGCCAGGAGUCAGCAACAGAAUCCUGAUGAAGACCCUCCCUAUGCAACUAUUCAAGAAGUUCGAAAGUGUUAUGAAGAUUACAUGACAUGUUUGUAUAAUCAUAUCAGCGAUAAAAUCCAAAAAGACGAAAGCUGGGAAAGUAAGAGAGUGGAAUUCAUCUUCAGCUUACCAACUACCUUCACCACACCUCAAAUUACCAACUCGCUACGACCUUUGCUCACAAAUGCUGGAUUCGGGACGGGAGGCAGGCGACAUUCUGUGGCAUUUGGUCUCACCGAGCCACAAGCUUCUGCGGUCUACACUGCCGUUGAUCAGACUACGGAAUUCGAGGAUGGAGACAUCAUGCUAGUCUGUGAUGCAGGAGGAGGGACUACAGAUUUAGCAAUCCUGCAAAAAGAGGGAGACGACGAUGAUGGGACGCAGCUCAAAGAACUACUACCUGUAGCAGGAUAUAACUUUGGGUCUACGAACAUCGACGAAUCCUUUUGCGCGCUUGUGGAACAACGGCUGCAAGGAGCUGAGGGCUUGGAACUCAAGGAGAAUACAGCCUGGACCAUGAUGCACAGUGCAGAAUUCCAGAGCUGGAAGCGAGUUUUUGGCACGCUUGAUGAGAAGCAAUUCAAAGAAUUUCCUGUCAAAGUCCCCGCUUUGAAGAUCAAAGUCUCGAAUGAGAAGGCUGGGAUAACGUUGGGCUCGAUGAUGUUUUCUCAUGACGACUUCAAGAAAUUAUUCGACGUCGAGGUGGACAAGAUGAUCAAGUAUAUCAAGAAUCAGAUGAACAUUAUGAGUGGAAAGUGCCCCAACAAGAAGAUUGAUUAUCUUGUGCUUUCAGGUGGUUUGGGAAGCUCAGCCUAUGUGCAGAAGCGAUUGAAAGAAGCUUUUACAGGAUACAAUGCUCAUGCAGUUGCACCAUCUUUGAAGGUCAUUGCUGCUGAGAACGAUGAACCUCAACUUGCAGUGGUCAAAGGACUCGUAUGGGAUCAAAUGCAGCGUCAGAAGACAGGAAAAGCAGUCUUGAAAGAGAGAAUCGCUCGAGCAUCUUACGGAGUUGUGUGCGAUGUUCCCUACGAUAAGAAAAAGGACAUCGGCCACACACCAGUCGAGGAUCCUAUUGAUGGCAAGCAAAUGUUGAAAGGCCAUAUCGUGUGGGUGAUCAAGAAGGAUCAUCCGAUCAGUGUUGACGAUGCCAAAAUGCACGAGUUCACCAGAGUCUUUCCACGAGGGCAUUCAAGGAAAUGGAAGUCGUCGAUUGUGAUAUGCCACAAUGACCCAUACGAUCUUCCUAACAAUACUCGAAAUGGCAAAAAUUGGAAUCCGGAUGUAAAAGAAUUAGCAGAAGUCGAAUCUGAUCUAUCAGCUGUCAGCCACAAAAAAUUCGUUGAACACCAAGGAAAGCGCAGCUUUUUCAGGAAAGGUGAGCCCUAUUACGAAGCAAGGUACGACGUCAAGUUUGUGAUUGGAGCAGCCGCCGAUGCAAGAUUCGAGCUCUGGUUUCAAGGACAGCAAUGGACAUCCCCGAAUGCUAUCAAAAUCGAUUGGCAGGAAGGCGCAAACGUUCCUGCACAUCCUGCAGAGGCGAGUCCAAAGAAAUUUUUCAGCACAGGACGGAGUAGGAGGAAAUAUGAAUGGGGAACAGAUGACGAUGACUAAGAGACGGGAUGUAAUGCUUGAUCUGUAUCCAUAUUGUAUGUUCAAUUUGCCAUUAAAUUCGUCAAGUUAAAGGAGAAGCUGCCCCUAAGACUGCCUCGCUAAGAAGUUCAGCCACUUCAUGACUACCUUUACUGAGCAGUAUAUCCUCCGUCUAUGACCAAAGAAUGGCCUGUGACCCACUGUGAGUCCUCACUUGCCAGGAAAACUGCAG